GCGAAAGUUUUCUAUCGCGCGUCGCGGCGCUCAUUUAAAAAUUUUGGAAACGACACUUUUCCGCGAUGAAUAAAUUCGGCGACUACUUCCGCGCGUUGUAAGAUUAAUGGAAUUGGCAACUUGUAUAAAGUACUACUUUAAGUGUUUAUGUCUGGGCGUUUUCAAACCGCGCUACAGUAACCAGAUGAUGGAGACCUCGUUAAAUUAGUGCGAGGUAGUUGUAAUGUUGGACGUGGAGUGGACGUAAUAUAUUUGCAAUUGAUUAAGCCUGCCAUCGACGGAUCAUGGCCGAAGCGUCCUUGAAUGCAACCCAAAGGCUCGAAGAGGCGACCUUGGACCCGGAAAACACGUACACGCCCUACCCGGAAAGACCCGAAACCUACAUUGUUCCUGUGGUGUUCUUCAUAAUAUUUAUUGUCGGUGUAUUGGGAAACGGAACUCUGGUCGUGAUAUUUUUGAGACAUCGAGCGAUGAGAAACGUGCCAAAUACGUACAUAUUGUCCUUGGCUCUCGCAGAUCUUCUAGUGAUAAUGACCUGCGUUCCAUUCACGUCGAUCGUCUACACGCUGGAAUCCUGGCCGUGGGGAGUUACUGUUUGUAAGCUGUCUGAAACGGCAAAGGAUAUCUCAAUAGGCGUAUCAGUCUUUACGUUGACGGCGCUUUCAGCUGAAAGAUACUGCGCGAUUGUAAAUCCACUGCGAAAAUUGCAGACAAAACCCCUGACAGUACUAUGCGCUAUUCUAAUUUGGGUCCUCGCGACUAUUUUCGCCCUGCCCGACGCAAUCCUGUCUGCGGUGGAAUACGUACCCCUGGAUAACAAUAAAACGAUAAUAGUUUGUACUCCAUUCCCCGAGGCAGUCUACGGGCCGCGCAACGCUAAAUAUAUGGUGCUUGGGAAAGCGCUCGUUUAUUACAUACUCCCCCUAUGCAUAAUAGCGUGCUUUUACGUACUGAUGGCUAAGGAAUUGCAUGUCAGCGCAAGAGAGAUGCCCGGCGAAUUACAGAGCGGGCAAGGUAUCGCUCAGGCAAGAGCGAGAAAGCACGUAGCGAGAAUGGUGCUGGCAUUUAUUAUAGUUUUCUUUGUAUGCUUCUUUCCCCAUCAUCUCUUCAUGCUGUGGUUUCACUUGAAUCCGAACGCGGAAGAGGAAUACGACGACUUCUGGCACGCACUGAGGAUAAUCGGAUUUUGCCUCAGCUUUUUAAAUUCUUGCGUGAACCCAAUUACGCUGUACUGCGUCAGCGGCGUUUUCCGCCAGCAUUUCAAUCACUAUCUAUGCUGUCGCAGCCCUCGCCGGUUACAGAGGGCUCUACCGUCGAACGUGAACUGCGAGACGAGCUUCAACUCCACGUACAGGAGACACACGCAGGGCACGACGCUGGACAGUCAGAGCAUUUAUAGACGGAACACCCUCGCGCGCCAGAAUACCCAGGACACCACCGUAAUUGCGUUCGACACUCCCUGCAAGAAGGAAGCCAAUAAUUUCGAGAUUAACCACCAGAAGGUGGGAAGCUUCGGUACUUGAGGGCAGACGAUACUGAAACAUAAAAAGGUUAUGUUUAGUGAAAGUAGGUUCUAGUUAAUUCUGGAGAAAGAAGCCUGAAAGGAGCAACCCGAAGAGGAAGCAAGAUCGACUGGGAACCAGACUUUCUCAUUGUAUAAGUGUUUCUAAGUGUUCCACUUUGUAAAAAUUGUUAAUAGAUAAACGAAUUUUGUAACGGGACGGUUAUGUAGAGAAAGGGGAAAACGCAUGUGCUUCAAAGUAGUAAAAGAUUGCGUUGUCUUAACAAUUACAUAGUAUUUUUGUACUGUUUUAACAUAUCAUCCUUUUUCAAUUUCAAGGUGUUUGGGGACCAGACCAUUGCAUUGGACCAUUUUAAAUUCUACUCUUCUAUUGGUCCCUUUUAAUGUAAAUGUAAAUAUGAAUCAAUUUCUAAGA